AUGUCUCGCUGGCUUUUCCCCUGGUCAGGCUCAAUCAAGAAGCGGGCCUGUCGGUACCUCUUACAGCAUUACCUCGGUCACUUCUUACAAGAACGACUGAGUUUGGAACAGUUAAGUUUGGACCUGUACAAUGGUAGUGGUGUCAUCAAAGAAAUCAACAUCGACGUUUGGGUAAGUUAGUGAAAGUAGUGAAGCCGUCUAACUGUCUGAACAACUCGUCGCUUUUGUGUGUUCCCAUGCAACCCGACCCUCAACAAACUUAUUUCGCAAUUUCAAGACUUGAACAUAACAACAAUCAUCGACGUCAUAUCCUCGCUUCUCGUGAGUUCAAGGAACAGCCGUUCCGAGAAUAUUUUUGUCAUCAUCUGAUUGGAAAAUAACUCACCUCACUGCAGUUCAGUUGAAAUAUAUAUGACCAAGUUAUACUUAGGUCUCGCAAACUCACUCUCUUUCAAUCUGCAUAACAGACAACCCCAUUGCCCUAAGCAAUUUCCACCAGCUGUUUAUUGUAGGACACUGUUUUUAUUUUUUCCCGGAUCUUCCACUCAUCUCUUAAUUUCUCUUCACCCGUUUCCUUCCCUCUCCCCCAGGCGGUCAACGAACUAUUGGAGUCUCUUGGGGCUCCAUUUGAGAUUGUGGAUGGGUUUGUGAGCAGCAUAGCGGUGACAAUUCCCUGGUCAGCUCUUGUCACCGACCACUGCACCCUGGUCAUCUCAGGCCUUCAGAUAACAUGCAAACCCAAGUACAGGACCAGUAAGUCUCAGCCUGACAGCCACUCUGCCUGACUAAUGAGUUCUUUGUUGUUACCUUGUAAUUGAUUCAGCUCCUGUUCCUGUCACUGCCUCAGGCCUGUCAGGUUCAGGAAGGAAGUUGUGGUAACCAUUGAUUAGCUACCUUUUAGAAUGUUAUUGUCAACCAGACAAAUACAGUAGUGUCUAGUACUAGCUAACUCUUUGCUCAAGAGAAGACAUGUUAAUCUAUCCCAGGCUCAACAUUUCUCAGAGCCAGCUGCAAACCAAUUAAGUAGCACAUGACUAUGUUGAUCAGUCAUACAGUACAGAAGCGUUUCCCAAACUCAGUCCUGGGGACCCCAUUGGGUGCAUGUUUUGUUUUUUGGCCUAGCACUAGAUGGCUGAUUUAAAUAAUGAACUCAUCAAGCUUUGAUUAUUUGAAUCAGCUGUGUAGUGCUAGGGCAACACCAAAACGUGCAUCCCUUGAGGUCCCCGGGACCGAGUUUGGGGAAACGCUACUGUACUAUAUGGCCAUGAUGAGUCAUCGCUUAUCAUUGAUUACAGUCACUGAAUCAUGCCUUGUUUUUGUUUAAUUGUAGGUGGGGGGUUGGACUCCCAGGGCUGGUCCACAUGCAUGACUUCCAGCAUGCAGCUGGCCCAGGAGUGCCUAAAGGACCCCCCUGAGGCGUCAGAGGAGCCGCCCGCUCCACUGGAGGGCCUGGAGAUGUUUGCACAAACUAUUGAGACGGGUGAGUCACUGUGUAGGCCUUGUUUGCACAUAUGUGUGUGGCAGUGAAAAGUAUGCACCUGUUUUAAAGUUGUCAUUAUCAUUCCUGUACUGUCCCCAGUGGUUGGUUAAUGCCUUCUUCUGAAGAUAACAACAACUUUUUCAGCCAUUUUCAAACUGUGGAGUCAGUCAUGUACUGUCAAUUCCAAGCUUGUGAGAUAAGGACUGAAAUCAUAUCACUGGUGUCCCUUCUGGUGUCUUUGUGACCAAUAUGGUUAGUGAUAGUGGAUGUCCCUGUUUGUUAUGUUGCAGUCCUGCGUCGGAUAAAAGUCACUCUCCUGGACACCAUUGUCCGAAUCGAGCACCAGCCCCUGGACUUGGAGACGGGCAUUGCCUUAGAGGUGCACAUCAAACGGUAUGUUGGUUCUCACCGCACUGACAUUCUCAAACUGCCUCUUGUGGUCUGUCCACCUUUGACCAGUUUAGAAGUCAGGAAGGAGAUGAGGAAACACUUGAGGCAAACCUGCAAUGCCAAAUUGUCUCUGUAUUUGGCUGUAGAUCCAAAGAGAACCUCUGAACCUCAGAGAAGCUUCACUAUCUUUAGUAGAGCUUGUAUGUGUGUAUGGUGGGUGUUUUGGCUGAGGUUGAAGGUUACAUAGCAUUAUUGUGCUGAGUGCUCUUGUCUGCCCCCGGUGGCUGUGUGGUGCGCUGCAGGCUGGAGUACUGUGACGAGGCAGUGAGGGACCCCAGCCAGACAGUGCCUGUAGACAUCCACCAGCCCCCUGCCUUCCUGCACAAGAUCCUCCAGCUCAGCUCUGUUCAACUGCUGUACGAGACCACCAGAGGGCCCCAGGUAACACGCACAGUUUUACAUUGACCACAGCACUUAUAAACUUUCUAAUGGACACAGUCACUCACAUGCAUAUACUCAAGUUGGGUCCCAAUAUAACACACACACCUCUUAUAGAGCCUAAAUAUUCACUUAUAAACUACUCACAUACACUCAUAUUUCCUCUCACACUCCCCCUAGUGGCUUCUACCCCCAAGCCAUAAGACUCCUGAACAGCUAAUCAUGGCACCCAGACUAUUUGCAUUGUCCCCCGCACCACCCCCUCUUUUACGCUGCUGCUACUCUGUUUAUUAUCUAUGCAUAGUCACUUUAACUCUAUCCACAUGUACAUAGUACCUUAAUUACCUCGACUAACCGGUGCCCCCGCACAUUGACUCUGUACCGUACCCCCUGUAUAUAGCCUCCCUACUGUUAUUUUAUUUUACAUUUUAGUCAUUUAGCAGACGCUCUUAUCCAGAGCGACUUACAGUUAGUGAGUGCAUACAUAAUUUUUUUUUUUUUCAUACUGGCCCCCCGUGGGAAUCGAACCCACAACCCUGGCGUUGCAAACACCAUGCUCUACCAACUGAGCUACAUCCCUGCCGGCCAUUCCCUCCCCUACCCUGGACGACUUGUGCGCCGCCCCAUGGGUCUCCCGGUCGCGGCCGGCUACGACUGCUGCUCUUUAAUUAUUUUUAUUUUUUACUUAUCUAUUUUUUACAUUUUUUCAUAACUGCAUUGUUGGUUAAGGGAUUGUAAAUAAGCAUUUCAUGGUAAGGUCUACACCUGUUGUAUUCGGCGCAUGUGGCAAAUAACAUUUGAUUUGAUUUGACAGACUCUACCAACCAGUAGUGCUGGUAAUCUUCCUCUCCUUCAGAGUCCUUUAAAUCAAAUCACAUUUUAUUUGUCACAUGCUCUGAAUACAACAGGUGUAGACCUUACCGUGAAAUGCUUACAUACAAGCCCUUAACCAACAAUGCAGUUCAAGAAAUGGAGUUAAGAAAAUAUUUACUAAAUAAAGGAAAAAAUAAAAUACAAAGUAACACAAUAAAAUAACAAUAACGAGGCUAUAUAAAGGGGGUACCGGUACCGAGUAAAUCUGCGGGAGUACAGGUUAGUUGAGGUAAAGUGACUAUGCACAGAUGAUAAACAGUGAGUAGCAGCAGUGUAAAAACAAAGGGGGGAGGGGUCAAUGUAAAUAGUCCAGGUGGCCAUUUGAUUAAUGAUUAAUAAAGUUAAGGAGCCUUUUGUACCUAGUCUUGGCGCUCCGGUACCGCUUGCCAUGCAGUAGCAGAGAGAACAGUCUAUGACUUGGCUGACUGGAGUCUUUGACAAUUUUUUGGGCCUUCCUCUGGCAUAGCGUAGUAUAUACAGUUGAAGUCGGAAGUUUACAUACACCUUAGCCAAAUUCAUUUAAACUCAGUUUUUCACAAUUCUUGACAUUUAAUCCUAGUAAAAAUUCCCUUUCUUAGGUCAGUUAGGAUCACCACUUUAUUUUAAGAAUGUGAAAUGUCAGAAUAAUAGUAGAGAGAAUCUUUUAUUUCUUUCAUCACAUUCCCAGUGGGUCAGAAGUUUACAUACACUCAAUUAGUAUUUGGUAGCAUUGCCUUUAAUUUCUUUAACUUGGGUCAAAUGUUUCGGGUAGCCUUCCACAAGCUUCCCACAAUAAGUUGGGUGAAUUUUGGCCCAUUCCUCCUGACAGAGCUGGUGUAACUGAGUCAGGUUUGUAGGCCUCCUUGCUCACACACGCUUUUUAAGUUCUGCCCACAAAUGUUCUAUAGGAUUGAGGUCAGGGCUUUGUGAUGGCCACUCCAAUACCUUGACUUUGUUGUCCUUAAGCCAUUUUGCCACAACUUUGGAAGUAUGCUUGGGGUCAUUGUCCAUUUGGAAGACCCAUUUGCGACCAAGCUUUAACUUCCUGACUGAUGUCUUGAGAUGUUGCUUCAAUUUAUCCACAUAGUUUUCCUUCCUCAUGAUGCCAUCUAUUUUGUGAAGUGCACCAGUCCCUCCUGCAGCAAAGCACCCCACACAGCAUGAUGCUGCCACCCCCGUGCUUCACGGUUGGGAUGGUGUUCUUCGGCUUGCAAGCAUUCCCCUUUUUCCUCCAAACAUAACGAUGGUCAUUAUGGCCAAACAGUUUUGUUUCAUCAGACCAGAGGACAUUUCUCCAAAAAGUAUGAUCUUUGUCCCCAUGUGCAGUUAUAAACCGUAGUCUGGCUUUUUUAUGGCGGUUUUGGAGCAGUGGCUUCUUCCUUGCUGAGCAGCCUUUCAGGUUAUGUUGAUAUAGGACUCGUUUUACUAUGGAUAUAGAUACUUUUGUACCUGUUUCCUCCAGCAUCUUCACAAGGUCCUUUGCUGUUGUUCUGGGAUUGAUUUGCACUUUUCCCACCAAAGUACGUUCAUCUCUAGGAGACAGAAUGCGUCUCCUUCCUGAGCGGUGUGACGGCUGCGUGGUCCCAUGGUUUUAUACUUGCGUACUAUUGUUUGUACAGAUGAACGUGGUACCUUCAGGCGUUUGGAAAUUGCUCCCAAGGAUGAACCAGACUUGUGGAGGAAUACAAUGUUUCUUCUGAGGUCUUUGCUGAUUUCUUUUGAUUUUCCCAUGAUGUCAAGCAAAGAGGCAUUGAGUUUGAAGGUAGGCCUUGAAAUACAUCCACAGGUACACCUUCAAUUGACUCAAAUGACGUCAAUUAGCCUAUCAGAAGCUUCUAAAGCCAUUAUAUUAUUUUCUUGAAUUUUCCAAGCUGUUUAAAGGUACAGUCAACUUCUGACCCACUGGAAUUGUGAUACAGUGAAUUAUAAGUGAAAUAAUCUGUCUGCAAACAAUUGUUGGAAAAAUGACUUGUCAUGCACAAAGUAGAUGUCCUAACCGACUUGCCAAAACUAUAGUUUGUUAACAAGAAAUUUGUGGAGUGGUUGAAAAACGAGUUUUAAUGACUCCAACCUAAGUGUAUGUAAACUUCCGACUUCAACUGUAGGUCCUGGAUGGCAGGAAGCUUGUCCCCAGUAAUGUACUGGGCCAUAGGCACACACACUACCCUCUGUAGCGCCUUACGGUCGGAUGCCGAGCAGUUGCCAUACCAGGCGGUGACGCAACCGGUCAGGAUGCUCUCGAUGGUGCAGCUGUAUAACUUUUUGAGGAUCUGGGGAACCAUGCCAAAUCUUUUCAGUCUCCUGAGGGGGAAAAUGUGUUGUCGUGCCCUCUUCACGACUGUAUUGGUGUGUUUGGACCAUGAUAGUUCGUUGGUGAUGUGGACACCAAGGAACUUCAAACUCUCGACCCCGACCCGCUCCACUACAGCCAAUGUUAAUGGGGGCCUGUUCGGCCCUCCUUUUCCAGUAGUCCACGAUCAGCUCCUUUUGUCUUGCUCACAUUGAGGGAGAAGUUGUGGUCCUGGCACCACACUGCCAUGUUUCUGACCUCCUCCCUAUAGGCUGUCUCAUCAUUGUCGGUGAUCAGGCCUACCACUGUUGUGUCAUCAGCAAACUUAAUGAUGGUGUUGGAGUUGUGCUUGGCCAUGCAGUCGUGGGUGAACAGGGAGUACAGUAGGGGACUAAGCACACACUCCUGAGGGGCCCCCAUGUUGAGGAUCAGGAUGGCAGAUGUGUUUUUGCCAACCUUACCACCUGUGGGCGGCCCGUCAGGAAGUCCAGGAUCCAGUUGCACAGGGAGGUGUUUAGUCCCAGGGUCCUUAGCUUAGUGAUGAGCUUUGUGGGCACUAUGGUGUUGAACGCUGAGCUGUAGUCAAUAAACAGCAUUCUCACAUAGGUGUUCCUUUUGGCCAGGUGGGAAAGGGCAGUGUGGAGUGCGAUUGAGAUUGCGUCAUCUGUUGGGGCUGUAUGCGAAUUGGAGUGGGUCUAGGGCUUCCGGGAUGAUGGUGUUGAUGUGAGCGAUGACCAGCCUUUCAAAGCACUUCAUGGCUAACGACGUAACAUAAGAUAUUACAGUUUUUAAUGUCCCGUUGGUAGGAUAGUCUUGAUCGUAGAUCAUCCAGUUUAUUUUCCAAUGAUUGCAUGUUGGCCAAUAGGACGGAUGGUAGUGGCGGUUUACCCACUUGCCGACAAAUUCUCACAAGUUACCCCGACCUCCGCCCCCUGUAUCUCCGUCUUUUCUUCACGCGGGGAUUUGGGCCUGGUCACGGGAAAGCAGUAUAUCCUUCGCGUCGGACUCAUUAAAUAAAAAAUCUUCCUCCAGUUCGAGGUGAGUAAUCGCUGUUCUGAUGUCCAGAAGCUCUUUUCGGUCAUAAGAGAUGGUAGCAGCAACAUUAUGUACAAAAUAAGUGACAAACAAUGUUGUUUUUUUGUUGAAAAAAUAGCACAGUUGGUUAGGAGCCAGUAAAACGGCAGCCAUUCCCUCCAGCACCAUGGUAAUCGUCCUCUCCUUCACAGGGUUCUUUAAGAGCGGACACCCCUGGCUCAGCCUCAGCCAGCGAAGAGGAGGAAGAAUGUGAGGAUGAGGAGGAGGAGGAGGAUGAUGACCCUCCAGUCGCCCCCACCUCCCCCCCUCCGGCCACCCAGCAGCCCCUCCUCAUCGGCAGCUGCUCCGGCUUCAUGGAGACCACGGUCAAGAUCAAACAGAACGACAUGCUGCCUGGACCUAAGGUUGUUCAUUUCCUUCCUGUGUGCACUUAAGUUUUUAAGAACCUCUGUUUUGCUUUUGUCUUUUGUUUUGUCACUGUUAUUCCAACAAUUUCUCUCUCCUUAUCUUCCAGUUGGAGCUGGAUGGGAAGGUGGGCUGCCUCCACCUGCUGCUCUCUCCAGACCAGAUCACUCACCUGACCGACCUUUUAUCUGCCCUCUGCAUCGACACAGGUGAGUAAAGAAACUGGUUACCUGUGCCUCCCCACCUGCAUUCCUCAUAUGUGUCUUAGUGCCACAUCCUAAUGUCAUUGACAGUGGAACAAAACUCAAUUAACUGAACACACUUUGUUUGGAUCCAUAGUUUAACCAUGCACAUCUUCAUAUGCACUGUGUACUGCAGACCCUGUAUGAUUCCUCCCUGUCUAUCCUACCAGAGCCUGAGGCCAGUGGUGCUGGGGUUCACAGCCGUCCCCUGGACUCUGAGGACCUGCGUCUGAUAGAGGAGGACUUGAGCAAACAGUUGAGCUCCAGCCCCGGCGAUGGAGAUCCGGACUGGGAUGACGAGCCUGACAUGGAGCCCUACCUCACCGGUCUGGAGAACGGGGGUACGUGGGGUAGUGGAGGGCAGCUAAAGAGUUGGAAUGCAAUAUGGAGGCUAGUGAAUUUUGCGGUGACAGGGGUCGCAUUAGCUUUGUGGUGAUACAUAGUCUGCAGGACAUGUGAACAGUUGUCUGCUGCUGCAUAAUUUGCAUUCUUGACAUGUUCUUGGAGCUUGGUUGAACUAGACAUGUGAAGCAUAGUGCUCAUUCUCUCUGUCUCUCUUCUCUCUCUGUCUUUCUCUUCUUCCUCUCUCAUUCUCUCUCUCAGAUAUGUUCUACUCCAUGGGUCCUGGUAUGACCAGCAGUGUGACGUCAGCGCGCUCUGGCAGCUCUCUCUCUGACAGCAUGGCGUCGUCUACACACAGCCAGGCUAGCUACGCCCAGGGCCUACCACAGGGUCCCAGGCGUUAUCCUGUACCAGGAUCACUAUCCAGCCUGCCUCAGUGUAGCAGAAUACCAGGUAACACUCACAACAUCUUACUCACACUGUCUUGUACACAUUUCACAGAUAACAAAAACGAUACUAUACAACCUAUCUUCCUGAUCCAUCUUAUUAACCCCUCCUCCAGGGCGAAGUAACCAAUCAGAGCCCCUGAAGCCAGAGAUGUUGCUCCGCCUCUCGCUUGGCGGGCUCACCCUAACCCUACUGGAGCAGGACCCGCCCCCCGGGCCAGACGCAGCUUGCUCAUUAGCCCAGGUGUCUCGAGUGUUCUUCCGGGAGCUGGCCUUCUUCAAAGACAGCAUGUUCAGUGAGAGAGACUUCCACCACCUCAGAGCUAGCUUUGCUGAAGCCUGCCCCCACUCACACCUCAGGUACAAACACACAAUAGCCUCUUCAACAUUGGCCACCACUCCUCAGAUAAAUCAACAAACCUUCCCUACAUAUCAAUAAGUAGUCCCCUGUAGAGGUAGAGCAUGGCGCUUGCAACGCCAGGGUUGUGGGUUCGUUUCUCACGGGGGGGCCAGUAUGAAAAUGUAUGCACUCACUAACUGUCAGUCGCUCUGGAUAAGAGCAUCUGCUAAAUGACUAAAAAUAAAUGUAAAAAAAUAAAUCAUCCUUUUUCGCUCUCCAUCUCUGUCCUCCUCUCUCUGUCCUCCUCUCUCUGUCCUCCUCUCUCUGUCCAUCUCUGUCUCUCUCUCUGUCCUCCUCUCUCUGUCUCUCUCUCUCUGUCUCUCUGUCUCUCUCUCUUUCUCUCUCUCUCUCCUCUCUGUGUCUCUUCUCUCCUCUUCUCUCUCUGUCUCUCUCUCUCUCUCUCUCUCUCCUUCUCUUCUCUCUCUUCUCUCUCUGUGUCUCUCUCUCCUUUCUUCUCUCUCUUUGUCCUCCUCUCUUCUCGUUUCUCUCUCUUUUCCUUUCUCUCUCUCUCUCUCUCUGUCUCUUCUCUCUCUCUCUCUUCUCUCUCUCUCCUCUCAUGCGUCUCUCUUCUCUCUCUCUGUCUCUCUCUCUCUGGUCUCUCUCUCUCGUCCUCUCUAUCUCUCUUCGGCUCUCUCGCUCCUCUCUCUCUUGUGUCGUCUCCUCUCUCGGCCUGGUCCUCUCCUCUCUGCUUGCUCUCUCUCUCGUCUCCUCUCUUUUGCUCUCUCCUCUCUCUCUGUGUGUCUCUCUCUCGUUGUUGUCUCUGGUCUCUCUUGUGUCUUUCUUCUCUCUCUCUUGUGUCUCUCUCUGUGUGUCUCUCUCUCUCUCUCUCUCUCUCUCUCUCUAUGCCUCUCUCUCUCUGUGUGUGUGUGUGUGUGUGUGUCUCUCUCUGUGUCUCUCUCUGUGUCUCUCUCUCUCUGUGUGUCUCUCUCUCUCUCAGGAUGACUGGAGCAGCGGUACAGGUGGCAUGUGAGAUGCGCAGUGCAGGUCGCCACUCCCGUGCUGUGACCUCUGACGUGUCCUUCAGCAGGCUAGAGCUGCUUGAGUGUCUCUGGGAGCCAGGCAAACCCCAAUACACUGAGGUAGGACAGGGGCUGUUAUUUGAGAUUAUCUGAGGGCUUUAACACAACAUUCAUCAUAAUACAGUGUGUUUCAGCAGGGGCUAGCAUUGCCCAGGAUAUAACGCUUUCCUCUCUUCACUGUUUUUUCUCUCUCUGUAGCUGCUGCAGUUCCAGCGGGCUGGUACGUUCACAGUGGGAGCUACAGCCAGACCCUGUGCACAGCUACACUACAGUCUCACAGAGAAACACCUGCGCAAGGUAAACCAGGACAGUGUGUAUGUUGUGUGUUUGUGUCAGUUGAACAUGUUCAAAAGCUAAUAUGUCAUUGAUUCAGUCUGUUUUGGUUUCCUCUGUUAACCUGCUACCCCCUCCUCCUGAUAUGUCUCUGUAUUGCAGGGGAGGCAGCGUGUGGUGCGUAGAGACAGUGUAGUGAGGGUAGAGUUGGGAGAGCUGAGUGCUGAGUUGGACCUUGACAUUCUGAGUCGACUGGAACCUCUGAGCAGAGCCUGCAGCCACUGUCCCACACAGACAGGAGGAGGACCCGUACAGACACAGGUAAACACUUAGCAAGCCAUCAUCCACUAAGAGGAGCCAUUUGAUAAUGUUUUUGAUAUGCAUGCCUCACAAAUGAAGUUAAAUUGCAGGUUUGCUUUAUGUUUCGAAUUUGUUUUGUUUUGAAUAUCCUCCUCUCCUCCUCUCCCAUCCCUCUCUCAGACCCAGAGCAGUGAGCUGCACUCCUCUCUCUCCCUCCUCUCGCCCCACGCCGUCCUCAAGCUCCGCUUCCCCAUCCCGGACCUCCGGCCGCUCCCCCUCCGACGCCCGCCUUCCCAGAGGGCCGUGCGGCAGGAGACCCUGGUGCUGGAGCUGUGUGACCUGGAUAUCCGCUCCCAGGAGGGCCCUGACCUCCAGCCGGAUCCCAAUGCACCCCCUGGCCCCCCCCACGGCCCCCUCACACAGCUAUUGGAGGCUAGCUUCAGUGACAUGCACGGUGAGGAAUACACACACACAGUCAAAUAUACACACAAACAUUAACACAUUUUGAGCAAUUGUUUGUUAAUUGUUUCUCUCAGGAACGUAUGAGGGCUGGGAAGGAGGCUCCUUCCCCUGUAUCAGAGUCCAGAAGAGUCAAGACUCCAUGGCCAAGUGAGUGUGUUUCUGGAACAUGUAUUUUAGGAGAGUUUGUUUCACUUGCUGUGUCACUUGGCUGCGUAGAUUUAAUGUGUUUCAGAAGUCAACGUUGCACAUCAACCUACUGUAUAGUUUACAUCUCCCUGUCUGUUUCUUUUUCUAUCUCUCUCUCUCCCUCCCUCUCUCCAGGCUGUCAGUGCGUGUCAAUGGAGGAGAGGGUCUGGGGUCAGCGUUAGGGGGGGUCGGGCUGGGUCUGAUGAGGGACCUGGGGUCCAUGUCGUUUGAGAACCCCUGUGAACUCCGAGAGAAGACCAGCUCUCCCUUCUCCUCCAACCGCACCAUGUUCGAGACUGAGGAGGUACCGCACCAUCCCAUCACAAACACCUACUCUCCCCUCUCUCACCCCUGACCAUCCUCUCUCACCCCUAACAUCCCUCUCUCACCCCUGACCAUCCUCUCUCACCCCUAACAUCCCUCUCUCACCCCUGACCAUCCUCUCUCUCACCCCUGACCAUCCUCUCUCUCACCCCUGACCAUCCUCUCUCUCACCCCUGACCAUCCUCUCUCUCACCCCUGACCAUCCUCUCUCUCACCCCUGACCAUCCCUCUCUGGACCAAUUUUCAGUUCCUCACCAUCCCUCAUGAUCUCACACUUCCUAAAGAUGUUGGGUUUUAAUUUUACCCACUUUCCAAAAGUUGCAGUCUAACCUUUCCUCCUCCUCCUGUCUCCUCAUCAUUCUGUCUCCUCAUCCUCCUGUCUCCUCAUCAUUCUGUCUCCUCAUCCUCCUGUCUCCUCCUGUCUCCUCAUCCUCCUGUCUCUGUCUCCUCCUCCUGUCUCCUCCUCCUCCUGUCUCCUCCUCCUCCUGUCUCCUCAUCCUUCUGUCUCCUCAUCCUUCUGUCCUCUCCUCAUCCUUCUUUCUCCUCACCCUUCUGUCUCCUCAUCCUUCUGUCCUCUUCUCCUCAUCCUUCUGUCCUCUCCUCCUCACCCUUCUGUCUCCUCACCCUUCUGUCUCCUCAUCCUUCUGUCUCCUCAUCCUUCUGUCUCCUCCUCCUGUCAUUUCCUCCUCCUCCUUCUGUCUCCUCAUCCUCCUGUCCUCUCCUCCUCAUCCUUCUGUCUCCUCAUCCUCCUGUCCUCUCCUCCUCCCCCUCCUGUCUCCUCAUCCUCCUGUCUCCUCCUCCUCCUCCUCCUUCUGUCUCCUCAUACUCCUCUCGUCCUCCUCCUCCUGUCUCCUCAUCCUCCUGUCCUCUCCUCCUCCUCCUCCUGUCUCCUCAUCCUCCUCCUCCUUCUGUCUCCUCAUACUCCUCUCGUCCUCCUCUUCCUGUCUCCUCAUCCUUCUGUCCUCUCCUCCUCAUCCUUCUGUCCUCUCCUCUGCAUCCUUCUGUGUCCUCAUCCUCCUGUCUCCUCAUCCUCCUUCUGUCUCCUCAUCCUCCUGUCCUCUCCUCAUCCUCCUGUCCUCUCCUCCUCCUCCUUCUGUCUCCUCCUCCUUCUGUCCUCUCCUCCUCCUCCUUCUGUCCUCUCCUCUGCAUCCUUCUGUGUCCUCCUCCUUCUGUGUCCUCAUCCUCCUCCUCCUUCUGUCUCCUCAUCCUCCUCCUCCUGUCUCCUCAUCCUCCUGUCUCCUCAUCAUCCUGUCUCCUCCUCCUCCUUCGGUCUCCACAUACUCCUGUCUCCUCAUCCUCCUCCUUCUGUCCUCUCCUCAUCCUUCUGUCCUCUCCUCCUCAUCCUUCUGUCCUCUCCUCUGCAUCCUUCUGUGUCCUCCUCCUGUCUCCUCAUCCUCCUGUCUCCUCAUCCUCCUCCUCCUUCUGUCUCCUCAUACUCCUGUCUCCUCAUCCUCCUGUCUCCUCCUCCUCCUGUCCUCUCCUCCUCCUUCUGUCUCCUCAUCCUCCUGUCCUCUCCUCAUCCUCCUGUCCUCUCCUCAUCCUCCUGUCCUCUCCUCAUCCUCCUGUCUCCUCAUCCUCCUGUCCUCUCCUCCUGUCCCCCUCCUUCUGUCCUCCCUCCUCUUUCCCUCCAUCCUCCUGUCCUCUCCUCCUCCUCCUGUCUCCUCAUCCUCCUGUCCUCUCCUCAUCCUCCUGUCUCCUCAUCCUCCUCCUGUCUCCUCAUCCUCCUGUCCUCUCCUCCUCCUCCUUCUGUCUCCUCAUCCUCCUGUCCUCUCCUCCUCCUCCUCUGUCUCCUCAUCCUCCUGUCUCCUCCUCCUCCUUCUGUCCUCUCCUCCUCAUCCUUCUGUCUCCUCAUCCUCCGGUCUCCUCAUCCUCCGGUCUCCUCAACCUCCUGUCCUCUCUUCCUCCUUCUUUCUUCUCACCCUUCUGUCUUCUCAUCAAUCUGUCUCCUCAUCCUUCUGUCCUCUGCUCCUCAUCCUCCUGUCUCCUCAUCCUCCUGUCUCCUCAUCCUCCAGUCUCCUCAACCUCCUGUCCUCUCUUCCUCCUUCUGUCUUCUCACCCUUCUGUCUCCUCAUCCUUCUGUCCUCUGCUCCUCAUCCUCCUGUCUCCUCAUCCUUCUGUCUUCUCCUCUAUCUAACUACUUUCAUUGCCCCCCCUUCAGAUGGUGAUCCCAGCAGACCCAGAGGAGAUGCAACAGUUCCAGUCUCAGUGUGUCUCUCAGUGUCAGUGUGUAGUAGACAUCUUUCUGCCCCUGGCCUACAUCUUCCUGCCCAGCAAACAGGCCUUCCAGAGUGUCUACAACAGGUCUGUGUGUCUGUCUCUCUCGCUAAUUUGUUUAUUUGUUUCCACCAUUUUACAUCACUCACUUUCUCUUUUUCUGUUCUUCCCCUUUGUCCUCCUCUCUCCAUCCCUGUAGGAUCAAUAAUGACCUGUUGAUGUGGGAAGCCCCUCCCCCCUCAGUCCCUAAGAGCCACCACAGCCCCCAACACCAUCGCCAAGACAACGACUACUUCCAGCUCUGCAAGUCUGCCUUCAGACUAGGUGAGACCCCCAUACUGAGACUUGUAAACCACUUCAAACUGGUCAGACAGAAUUGGGUAAUCUCUGGGUAGCAACUUGUUAACAUCUUUAGUCUAUUUAAAGCUCUGAUUUAAAAUGGCUUGCCAAGUGGUAUGUGUUGAGCAACUCUUUAGUCUGCACCCUGCAGACCAUCUGAAAUGUGUCGUUGUUCAACAGUUCUAUAACUGUGAUGUUUCUGGUCUCUCAGACUCAGACUCCGAGGAGGAAGAUGCUCAGUUCUACACAGCCAGUGUAUCAGCCAGAUGCAGGCAGUCGGAGCCCCGCCCUAACCACGCCCUCAGCCUGCUCUCCCUCACCGUCGUCAUAGGGAAGGGCCGCCUCCAAGCCAUGACGGACAGCAAGGUGAGCAAAUAAUGAACCAGCUACAUCUUACAAUGGUUAGCUAGGGAUAUAGACUGGAGAGAUUUUGGUUCCUGGUUCAAAUCCUGACUGCACCUUACUGCUUGAAGGAACGAUAUUAGAGCUAACGUAAAUUUCAUUUGAAUUCAGUAGUUUGGAAUUUGUAUUACACAAAUUGAAUGAAUGUGUACGUGUACUAUGAUGCUUCUAAGGAAGACACCUGUUUAGUAAAUCGUUUUCUGUUUCCUGUUUCGCCUCCUUCAGGGAGAGACAGGAAGUCAGGAGGAGCGGUGUCACGGGGAGCUCCUGUUGGACCUGGAAGGGGGGAAGAUGUUCAGUGUGGCGCAGCAUCAUAACAACCCCCAUCUCAGCUUCCUGUGCCUGGAGAGUAGGAGGGUGGAGCUUUACCACAAAGGUGAGUGGAAUAUAUCAGGGUUUAGCUCUGGAAGUACCUUCCUAAUCAUUUGUAGUAGUGUGAAAAUCCAUGUGUUAUCAUGUGUAUCUCUUCUAAAUGACUGACAGCCCUUACCUCUUUCCCUUCUGGUCACUAACUCUUUUCCUCCAAUUCACAGCUGUAGUGAAAGACUCCCCUGUCCCCGGGCGGUUAGAAAUGCCCAGCUUCACUCCCCCAGGGCAUCUGGACCCUACCAUUUACCCCACAGAGGUGGGGGUGAGCAGUGUGAGUGGCAGGGAGACUGAGGUCCAGAUGUUAUCCACGGCUAUCAAAAUCACCCUGGACCCUCAGAGCAACGUCAAGGUAACAUUCAUAUCUUCUCAUGUAUUAUUUGAAUGAAAUAUCACCUUUUGAUUGCGCUUGUAAGUUAGCUGUGCUUGUGAUUAAGAAAUAUCACUAACUUCAUUCUGUGUUUGUGUGUUUUACAGGAGUUCCUGGUUGCCCUUCGUCUCCAUGGCGCCACUAUGCGACAUCACAUGGCACAGACCGAUCACAGCUGGCACGAACAGGUAUGCGGGAAAUUGGGGAUCCUAAUAAAUACCAAAGCAGAGAAGCUUCAGGCACCUGUCAUGAUUUUACUGCGUGGUGUGUGUUUGGUUAGUGAGUCUUGUUGAUUAGGCUGUGUUUCUUCAUGACAGCUGGUUGAUUUUCUGGAUGUCAUUGAUGACCCGAUCCUGGGCUACACAUCUCCUGCAGUUAUUACCGUCCUACACACACACCUGGCCACCUGCGCCGUGGACUACAGGUAUACACACACAGCAGAUUUACAUAUGUGGACAAAGGUAGAUAAUAAAUCAUUAUAUGUUAAUAAUUUUUCACUUCUCCCUUCUCUCCCCUUCUUUGUUGCUCUCUGUCUCUCAGGCCCCUGUAUCUUCCAUUGAGGGUGUUGUUCACAGCAGAAUCCUUCUCUCUGUCCAGUAACAUCAUCGUAGACACUGCCACCUUUCACCUCAGGUUUAUCCUGGAUGACUCUGCCCUGUAUCUCUCUGAUAAAUGUGAAAGUGAUGUAGUGGACCUGAGACGAGGUAUGCCACAUGAUUAACUGGACCGUGUGUGUACAUCUGCGUUUGAGUGUGUGUUCAAUUCUAACGCACUCUCUCCCUCACCUCAGACUAUGUGUGUGUCCUGGACAUUGAUCUGCUGGAGCUGGCCAUUACCACAUGGAAAGGCAGUGAUACGGGGAAACUGGUACGUUUUUAGCUUGCCAAUUUUGUGUGAUUAUACAUCUGUCUGUGUGUUUGAACUUUAGAGACUGUUGGUCUCAAAUCUACGCUGUUUUCCUAUCCCCUCCUCUCUGUCUCUCCUAGUCCCAACCACUGUUUGAGCUGCGUUGCUCCAACAACGUGGUCCACCUCCACACCUGUGCUGACUCCUGUGCUGCCCUGGUCAACAUGCUGCAGUACCUGGUCUCCCAGGGAGACCUGCACCCGCCCCCCCGACACGCAUCACCCACUGAGAUCGCUGGACAGAAGCUGCCGGUAGACAGACCAGUAGUUAUAUUUAUGAUGGAUCCCCAAGGCAGCAGCUACUCUUCCUAGGGUCUGGCAAAAUGAAGGCAGUUAUACAUUUUAAAAACAUUACCGUACAUUCAUGACAGAUUUCACAACACACUGUGUGCCCUCAUGCCCCUGAUCCACUACCACAUAUCUACCACACAAAAUCCAUGUGUAUGUGUGUGUAUAGUGCGUAUGUUAUCAUGUGUGUGUUGCUUCACAGUCCCCGCUGUUCCUUGAAGUGUCUUUUUAUCUGUUUUUUAAAUCUGAUUCUACUGCUUGCAUCAGUUACCUGAUGUGGAAUAUAGUUCCAUGUAGUCAUGGCUCUAUGUAGUACUGUGCGCCUCCCAUAGUCUGUUCUGGACUUGGGGACUGUGAAGAGACCUCUGGUGGCAUGUCUUGUGGGGCAUGCAUGGGUGUCUGAGCUGUGUGCUAGUCGUUUAAACAGACAGCUCAGUACAUUCAACAUGUCAAUACCUCUCACAAAUACAUGUAGUGAUGAAGUCAAUCUCUCCUCCACUUUGAGCCAGGAGAGAUUGACAUGCAUAUUAUUAAUGUUUGCUCUCUGUGUACAUCAAAGGGCCAGCCGUGCUGCCUGUUAUGAGCCAAUUGCAAUUUUCCUAAGUCCCACUUUGUGGCACCUGACCACACGACUGAACAGUAGUCCAGGUGCGACAAAACUAGAGCCUGUAGGACCUGCCUUGUUGAUAGUGCUGUUAAGAAGGUAGAGCAGCGCUUUAUUAUAGACAGACUUCUCCCCAUCUUAGCUUCUGUUGUAUCAGUAUGUUUUGACCAUGACAGUUUACAAUCCAGGGUUACUCCAAGCAGUUUAGUCACCUCGCUCAAUUUACACAUUAUUUAUUAAAAGAUUUAGUUGAGGUUUAGGGUUUAGUGAAUGAUUUGUCCCAAAUACAAUGCUUUUAGUUUUUGAAAUAUUUAGGACUAACUUAUUCCUUGCCACCCAUUCUGAAACGAACUGCAGCUCUUUGGUAAGUGUUGCAGUCAUUUCAGUCGCUGUAGUAGCUGACGUCUAUAGUGUAUAGUCAUCUGAAUACAUAUACACACUGGCUUUACUCCAAGGCUCCCGAGUGGCGCAGUGGUCUAAGGGACUGCAUCUCAGUGCUUGAGGCGUCACAACAGACCCCCUGGUUCGAUUCCAGGCUGUAUCACAACCGGCCGUGAUAUGGAGUCCCAUAGGGCGGCGCACAAUUGACCCAGCGUCGUCCGGGUUUGGCCGGUGUAGGCCGUCAUUAUAAAUAAGAAUUUGUUCUUAACUGACUUGCCUAGUUAAAUAAAGGUAAAAUAAAUGAAAAUAAUAAAAAGCCAUGUCGUUAGUAAAGAUUGAAAAAAGUAAGGGGCCUAGACAGCUGCCCUGGGUGUUUCCUGAUUCUACCUGGAUUAUGUUGGAGAGGCUUCCAUUAAAGAACACCCUCUGUGUUCUGUUAGACAGGUAACUGUAUCCACAAUAUAGCAGGUGGAGUAAAGCCAUAACACAUACGUUUUUCCAGCAGUAGACUAUGAUCGAUAAUGUCAAAAGCCGCAAUGAAGUCUAACAAAACAGCCCCCACAAUCUUUUUAUCAUCAAUUUCUCUCAGCCAAUCAUCAGUCAUUUGUGUAAGUGCUGUGCUUGUUGAAUGUCCUUCCCUAUAAGUGUGCUGAAAGUCUGUUGUCAAUUUGUUUACUGUAAAAUAGCAUUGUAUCUGGUCAAUCACAAUUUUUUCCAAAACUUUACUAAGGGUUGGUAACAGGCUGAUUGGUCGGCUAUUUGAGCCAGUAAAGGGGGCUUUACUAUUCUUAGGUAGCGGAAUGACUUUUGCUUCCGUCCACGGCUGAGGGCACACACUUUUUAGUAGGCUUAAAUUGAAGAUAUGGCAAAUAGGAGGGCAAUAUCGUCCGCUAUUAUCCUCAGUCAUUUUCCAUCCAAGUUGUCAGACCCCGGUGGCUUGUCAUUGUUGAUAUACAACAAUAAUUGUUUCACCUCUUCCACACUCACUUUACGGAAUUCAAAAUUACAAUUCUUGUCUUUCAUAAUUUGGUCAGAUAUACAUGGAUGUGUAGUGUCAGCGUUUUGUUGCUGGCAUGUCAUGCAUACGUUUGCUAAUCUUGCCAAUGAAAAAAUCUGUAAAGUAGUUAGCAAUUUCAGUCGGUUUUGUGAUGAAUGAUGGAGGUGAGUUUGCCUUUUUUCCCAACAUUUCAUUGAAGGUGCUCCAAAGCUUUUUACUAUAAUUAUUUGUCAUUUAUCUUUGUUUCAUAGUGUAGUUUCUUCUUGUUAUUCAGUUUAGUCACAUGAUUUCUCAAUUUGCAGUACGUUUGCCAAUCGGUUGUGCAGCUAGACUUAUUUGCCAUUCCUUUUGCCUCAUCCCUCUCAACCAUACCUUUUUUCAAUUCCUCAUCAAUCCAUGGAGAUUUAACUGUUUUUAAAAGUCAUUUUCUUAAUGGGUGCAUGCUUAUUAGUAACUGGGAUAAGCAAUUUCAUAAAUGUGUCAAGUGCAACGUCUGUUUGCUCCUCAUUACACACCACGGACCAACAAAUAUUCUGUGCAUCAACAACAUAGGAAUCACUACAAAACUUAUUGUAUGACCUCUUUUACUAUAUUAGGCCCAGCCUUUGGAACUUUGGUUUUCCUAGAUAUGGCUACUAUAUUGUGAUCAUUACAUCCGAUGGAUCUGGAUACUGCUUUCAAGCACAUUUCUGCAGCAUUAGUAAAGAUGUGAUCAAUACAUGUUGAUGAUUUCGUUCCUGUGCUGUUUAUAUACAGUAGACUAGGAUAUACUACCUUGUUUAAGGUCUGGAACUGAUUUUGUAUGUUUGUUCGUAUAAGCAUUGUGUGAGAACAACUGAAGAGAAUGAAACUGUGGAGCGGUAGAAUAGGAGCCUAACUCCACUAGCUUCAACUAUCUAUUGCAGGGAUGGGCAACUCCAGUCCUCAGGGUCCUGACUAGUGUCACACGUUUUCCCCAGCUAACACACCCGACUCCAAUAAUCAACUAAUCAUGAUCUUCAGUUUAGAAUGCAAUUAUUUGAAUCAACCCCUGAGGACUGGAGUUGUCCAUCCCUGAUCUUUCUGUCUGUGUUUACGUGUCAUGUGUUAGUUGUCAGAAAGUCCCGCCUCCUUGCCACCCUGCCCUCCAGCUGAGACUGCUGAGAUCAACCAGUGCGAUCUCCUUGAUGCUUUGAUUGACACCGAGAGGAGCCAUCCAGAUGAGGAUAUGGACUCAGGUAAAACGGGCUAUUAAAUGAUAGUGUUGUUCAGCAUCACUAGAUAUAACAUUUUACAUUUUGGCCAUUUAGAUCAGUGUUUCCCAACUUUGGUUCCCAGAACAGCACACAUUUUUGAUGUAGCCCCGGACGAGCACACCUGAUUCAACUUUUCAACUAAUCAUCAAGCCCUCAAUGAGUUGAAUCAGGUGAGUUUGUCCGGGGCUACACCAAAGAUGUGUAGUGUUGGGGGUACGGGAGUACUGGAGUUGGGUAACACUGGUCUACUGGAUGCUCUUAUCCAGAGCGGCUUACAGUCCUCUAUACAUAUAAUAUACAUUAAAUAGAGGAUGGUGAUGACUCCUGGACAUGUGGGAUAUUUCCUUGUGUGUUUCCAGGUUCUCCCACAGUCCAGCGGGGCUCACCUGUCUCUGUCUACCUCUUCCCCGGGGAGGCUCCCAAGCUCCGCCCACCUGUUGUCAUUGACGGGGAGGAUUCAGAGCUUGACGGACUGGUGGCGACAGCCACUGAGGUGCAGGCGGAUAUGAUGUCAGAGGAGGGCUCUGAGGGUUCAGAGGACAACGAGGACUUCUGCAUCCUAGAGGCUCCUGGGAUGGGUAUACCUGUGAGUCUCUGUUCUCUAUUUCAUCCCCUCAUCUCUCCAUACUACUUUCUCUAUUACCUUUAGUUCACACGGAAUUGAAUUAUGCAACAUGAAGUACUAAACCUAUUCUGGUGUCCAUGUUCAUUAAUUCACCCCCAGCCCAGAGACGGGGAGCCCCUGGUGACUGUAUUAACUGAGAGUCCUAUCAGGGUGAGGGAGGGCCACUUCUCCCGGCCGCGGGGAAGCUCUGACCUGCUGCGGGCCCCCAGCCGCUUCCCUGUCCCCCAGAGCAGGGUGGUGCUACGAGAGGUGUCUGUCGUCUGGCAUCUGUACGGAGGGAGAGACUUCGGGGGCAAGGCCAUGUCUACACACACGCAGCAUGGAAACAGGUGUCCAUACACACACAUAUACAGACAAAUGCACAGCAUUAUUCAGACAUGCACACACAACCCAGCAACAGGCACUUGAAUAUGUAAGAUUUCUCUCUUACUGAUCAUCAAGCUCCUUUCUCUCUUUCCUCUCCCUCCCUCCCCCUCUCUCUCUAGGGGUCGCUCUGCCCCCUCUGGGAUGCGUGGGUCCCCGUCCCGCUCUGCUGCUCCGUCCCGGCCUCAGAACUCUUGGCGCUGGGCUGGUGGCGGUGGACGUCAACACAACCUGCUCAUGGAGAUCCAGCUCACCAAGGUAGGGAGAGUGUAUGUACUGUGAUCCAGCUCACCAAGGGAGGGAGAGUGUAUGUACUGUGAUCCAGCUCACCAAGGGAGGGAGAGUGUAUGUACUGUGAUCCAGCUCACCAAGGUAGGGAGAGUGUAUGUACUGUGAUCCAGCUCACCAAGGUAGGGAGAGUGUAUGUACUGUGAUCCAGCUCACCAAGGGAGGGAGAGUGUAUGUACUGUGUGUAUCCAUACAGUACUCUAAAGAUAUUGUUUGCCGUUGAUUCUUUUCUCUGAACAAAAUGGAAAUCUAAUUCAUUUUUUCCCCCAUUGUAAGGAUAUGUUCAGUUGGAGUGUAGCAUAAAUGUCAACCGAUCCUUUUGUUAAAGUGGAGACAGCAAAAAGCUACAUAACUGGUGCUAUUAGUUAAAUGUGCCAUUCCUGUUCCAGGUGAGCUUCCAGCAUGAGUCGUAUCGGGGGGUGGUGUCUGCGGCUGGGCCGGGUCAGGAGGGAGAGGGGCCUGGGGUGGUGUCUGCGGCUGGGCCGGGUCAGGAGGGAGAGGGGCCUGGGGUGGGGGUGGGGGUCGGGGCGGUGGGGGAGCAGCCUCUGUCCCGCCAGGUGUUCAUCGUUCAGGAGCUGGAGGUGCGCGACCGCCUGGCCUCGUCCCAGCUCAACAAGUUCCUCUACCUGUACACCAGCGAGAGCAUGCCCCGCAGAGCACACUCCAACAUGGUGAGAGAAGAGGCUUUUUAUAGCCAUUUAUCAUUAUUUCCUUUUCGUUGUGAAAGUGUUUUUAUAAAUGAUUCUAAUUUCCAGGGGAAUUAUAAAUGUUUCUAUGAUAUUGGGUUGUAAUGGUUUUGUUGUAAUUCUACCUAAUGUGUUAUCUGUGUGUCCCAGUUAACAGUGAAGGCCCUGCAGGUGUGUCCAGACUCUGGUCUGGGUGGUGCAGAGUGUUGUUUAAGAGUCAGCCUCCUGCCCCUCCGACUCAACAUCGACCAGGAUGCCUUGUUCUUCCUGAAGGAUUUCUUCAGUAGUCUGGCUGCUGGAGUUAACCCCUACUUGCCUGUGGACCCUGCAGCUGAGGGUGAGCACCAUCAUCAAAUCAAAUCAAAUCAAAUUUUAUUGGUCACAUGCGCCGAAUACAACAGGUGCAGACAUUACAGUGAAAUGCUUACUUACAGCCCUUAACCAACAGUGCAUUUAUUUUUAAAAAUAAAACAACAACAAAAAAAAAGUGUUGAGAAAAAAAAGAGCAGAAGUAAAAUAAAGUGACAGUAGGGAGGCUAUAUAUACAGUAAAAUAAAGUGACAGUAGGGAGGCUAUAUAUACAGGGGGGUACCGUUGCAGAGUCAAUGUGCGGGGGCACCGGCUAGUUGAGGUAAUAUGUACAUGUGGGUAGAGUUAAAGUGACUAUGCAUAAAUACUUAACAGAGUAGCAGCAGCGUAAAAAGGAUGAGGUGGGGGGGCAGUGCAAAUAGUCCGGGUAGCCAUGAUUAGCUGUUCAGGAGUCUUAUGGCUUGGGGGUAGAAGCUGUUGAGAAGUCUUUUGGACCUAGACUUGGCACUCCGGUACCGCUUGCCGUGCGGUACCAGAGAGAACAGUCUAUGACUAGGGUGGCUGGAGUCUUUGACAAUUUUGAGGGCCUUCCUCAUUGUGUUCUCUGUACUCUACAUGAUAAGUAGGGCCUUGGGUUUUUUCCUGCUCAGGUCACAUGGAUCAGGAAAACAAUUAUACAUAUAAUUACUUUUUGGUGCUCUGUAUCAUACACUAUAUAUACAAAAGUAUGUGGACACCCCUUCAAAUUAGUGAACAUACCCGUUGCUGACAGGUGUAUAAAAUUGAGCACACCGCCAUGCAAUCUCCAUAGACAAACAUUGGCAGUAAAAUGGCCUUACUGAAGAGCUCAGUGACUUUCAACGUGGCACCAUCAUAGGAUGCCACCUUUCCAACAAGUCAGUUUGUCAAAUUUCUGCCCUGCUAGAGAUGCCCCGGUCAACUGUAAGUGCUGUUAUUGUGAAGUGGAAACGUCCAGGAGCAACAACGGCUCAGCCGUGAAGUGGUAGGCCAAACAAGCUAAUAAUGGUCUGGGGCUGUUUUUCAUGGUUUGGGCUAGGCCCCUUAGAUCCAGUGAAGGGAAAUCUUAACACUACAGCAUACAAUGACAUUCUAGAUGAUUCUCUGCUUCCAACUUUGUGGCAAAAGUUUGGGGAAGGCCCUUUCCUGUUUCAGCAAGACAAUGCCCCCGUGCACAAAGAGAGGUCCAUACAGAAAUGGUUUGUCGAGAUCGGUGUCCGACCUCACUAAUGCUCUUAUGGCUGAAAGGAAGCAAGUCCCCGCAGCAAUGUUCUAACAUCUAGUGGAAAGCCUUCCCAGAAGAGUGGAGGCUGUUAUAGCAGCAAAGGUGGGACCAACUCCAUAUUAAUGGCCAUGAUUUUGGAAUGAGAUGUUCGACGAGCAGGUGUCCACACACUUUUGGUCAUGUAGUGUAUAUCCUCCUCAACCACUCAAUACUUUCUCCUGUUUUCUUCAAUUUCUCUCUCUGUCCUCUCACAGUGAAGACAGACCCUUCCCAGAAGCCCACUGAAGAUGGGGUCAGUGGCACGGAGACCCCUGCUGGUCUGGGUCCUGACCUCACUGCUUCUGUAGAAACCACCUAUAGCGAGCAGAGCUCCUCGUCCGCUGGCUCCACCUCUUCCACUGAUCAGCCAAUCUACUUCCGGUAAUUACUGUAACUUAAUCCUCCCAAAAUGUAUCCAUGAAGUUACAAAAAAAACUCAAGUCUAUUUCGAAUGGGUAGAAAUUAUUUAUACGUUGUCUUUCCUUUCUAAGGGAGUUCCGUUUCACCUCUGAAGUCCCCAUCUGGCUGGACUACCAGGGAAAGCAUGUGGUCAUUGAGCAGGUGAAAGGACAAAGGACAUUUUAACUGCGAUGAUUUGUCUGUGAACCAAUCUCUGUGGUUUAUUAUGUUAUGUCACACACUUGACCUUUGCACCGUGAUUGUUUCCUAGGGGACGUUUGCAGGGAUUCUUAUUGGUCUGGCCCAGCUGAACUGCUCUGAACUGAAGCUGAAGAGACUCUGCUGCCGACACGGGUACAACAACACUAACUCUGUGGGGUUUCUCUGUAGUCUGAAGCAAGUGUCUUUUUCAUAACGCUUUUCUCUAAUAUCUCUUCCUCCCAGACUUCUAGGCGUAGAUAAGGUGAUUCAGUACGCUGUCACUGAGUGGCUGACAGACAUCAGAAAGAACCAGCUGCAGGGCAUUCUGGGAGGUGUAGGCCCCAUGCACUCUGUAGUUCAGCUGUGUAAGUACAGGAAGUGACGUCACUUGUUUGGUGAGCUUUGUCGUUGUCCCUUUAGUAAUAUAAUAAUAUAUAAUAUGCCAUUUAUCAGACGCUUUUAUCCAAAGCGACUUACAGUCAUGUGUGCAUACAUUUUUACGUAUGGGUGUUCCCGGGGAUCGAACCCACUACCCUGGCAUUACAAGCGCCAUGCUCUACCAAUUGAGCUACAGAGGACCUUUAGUAGUCCCUGAGUUAUAACCAUAUUAAUAGAAUUGUUCUCUUGCAAUAUGGUUAUAGCUAGCCUACUCUCACAACCUCAUUUAGUGUUGAUCUCAUUAGUUUUUUAUGUAACUUUCUCUCUCUCUAGUCCAUGGAGUGAGGGACUUGUUCUGGAUGCCAAUAGAGCAGUACAGGCGGGAUGGGCGCAUUAUCCGGGGUCUCCAGCGGGGGGCAGCGUCCUUCGGUACCUCCACUGCCUCUGCUGCUCUGGAGCUCAGCAACAGACUGGUGCAGGCCAUACAGGUACUACUGACCUCUGACCUCUAACCACAGACUAUCAGCAGGCAAAAGACUGUCCGUAGGCCACACACAGGUAGAAUACCAAUCAAACGUGCAGCUCACAUAGACAUAUAGGUUGAAACAAUGCACCCCAUGUACCACACCAUACAUGUUAAUACCACUAACCUUACAGCCACGUAUCAUAGAUUAUGGCCAAAGGGUUAGCAUACCUGAACCAUGUAGGAAAGAACUGAAAGACUAGUAGCAACCAUACAGAUAAAAGCCACUGGAACCAGUAAUAAAGAUUCCUCCAUUGCUAUGAUGUGCCUCACUCUCUUACAGAGUUGUAAUAAUCCUGCUCUUUCUCUUCUAGGCUACAGCAGAGACGGUGUACGACAUCCUGUCCCCAACGCCCCCCCGGAACCGUUACAUCACAGAGGGCCGACCGCCCUCCACCCGGCCCCACCGCGCCCACCAGCCUGCCGACAUCCGAGAGGGCGUGGCUAAGGCCUAUGACACCGUCAGAGAGGUACGUGUUCUACUGAAUCAAUUUAUUUAAAUCAACCAUUUUAGAAUAAUAACAAGAAAAGGCCUAGCUCUCUCACUAACACUCAUUCACACACACCCCUCUGUUGUCUGUCUGUUUCCCAGGGCAUGAUGGACACAGCUCAGACGCUAUGUGACGUGGCGACUCGCGGGCAUGAGCAGAAAGGUCUGCCUGGUGCUGUGGGCGGAGUCCUGCGGCAGAUCCCACCAACCGUCGUCCGUCCCCUAAUAGUGGCAUCCGAGGCAACGUCCAACCUACUUGGGGGCAUGCGGAACCAGAUCAAGCCAGAUGCACGGAAGGAGGACUUCUUAAAAUGGCGCUCCGAAGAAGGCCAAGAGUGAUGAUUCUGGUGGUCGGUGGGUUAAAGGUUAAUGAUGUGGGGGUGAAAUCGUUAUGUGGGUGAACCGAUGAAGGGAGUGAAUGUGUGAAAGAGUGAGUUUUAAUGCAAAAAAAACGAACUACUGCGGAGUGAUUGACACCCAGUAUUUUAUGUGGCUCCAGAUGGAUUGAGAUACAUUUUUUGUUUUCUUUCUUCGACACAAUCAAAUAGAGUUCAGUUCACUCUCCUUGCAGCAGUAUGUACAUGAUGCAGAUACUCUCUACCUUUUUAUUGGUAUGUAAACAUAUCACUGUCAUUCUGGGUUGACUUCAUGUUUAGCCGUCAACGCUGACAAAGGGCAGACAGGGCUCUAGGCUAGUAUAAAGGAUCUAGUAGUGGUAGGUGGGAUUACACUUGUUCAUCAGUAGCUCUCCCAGUCUUCUGUUGAUCAGGCUAUUAAGAUUAAACCUAUUCCUGGACUGAAAAGCACUUUGAAUGGCGAUCCUUAAUUGAGCAUGCAUUUUAGGAGUAGGCUUACUCUGAGUCCGGGAACUCAUUCUAGUGAGCCUAAAUCAGUAUCCAUGGGGAUUGGAUGGUAACAUCCUCUCUCUCCUGUAUUCCUUUGAGAUAUGGAUGGAGGAGACUGGAGAAACUAUUAUAGUGGCCUUUGCUGAGAUCCUUACAAAGGUUAGGAAUGUCAUAGUUCCUCAACCUCAAAAUGCCACACUGUGAUUGUUCCAUCCUAGCCUGCACACAUCCCCACCCCGGUGUUUGUGCCAUAAGCUUGUUCAAUGCUGAGUUCCCUGGCCUCUCCUCCUUUUGGUUUGAAACCAAUGUCUACUUUUAUUGCCUUCCUGAAACUUAAUACUCAUCUUUCAUAUUUGACCAGUGGACACAAUGACCUGGGCCUGGUUGUAUUAACUAAAUGCAGUCAUGGGAGAAUAUGGAUGAUGAACUGAACGAACUAGAGAAACGUCCUUUCCUCUCUACGUCAAAUGGCUUUCCUUGCUUUUAAUGCUUGCCAGCGUUUGGUCAUCCGGUUUGUACUUACUGUUUUGUUUUUGUCAGAGCAAGAUGUCCCCCUCAGGGCCUUGGACCUUAUCACCAGUCUGGUUCCUUCCUCUCAACAGAACUCUCUUGACUCGUCUCGUUAGUUGCCUUCCUGCGUUUUUAUUUGUAUUUUUCUAAUUAUGUUAAACACUAGUAUUAAUUAUCAUAUUCAUUUUCAAAAUAACAGUGUUGGUGGAAUGUCUGGAGGGUUAAGACAGAAAGAAAAAGAGGGGUUUGUGGUAAAACAUUUUACAUUUUUAUCAUUUGUUCAAUACGUUUAAGGGAUGUAUGUUUAGGUAUGUGUGUGUGUGCGUAAGAUAGAGUUUGUAAGUGUGUGUUUGUGGGUUAGUGGUUUCUUGUGAGGGUGACCCUUUGGUUGUAUUGGUCACACCUCUGUGUUAGCCGGCAGAUCCAACCCGCUUGCUUACAGCUGCACUAGGGUCUGACAGCAUACCUUUGUAUAUUAAGACACGGUGGAGCCGGCGCAAGAUAUGGCUCGGAAAACGUACCUCAAUCCAGGGAUGAGAAAUGUUUUGGUACUCCGAAUUGUCCCAUUAUCCCAACUGUUACACCAAGAAGAUUCAACGACUGCUAGCUAGCAAUCUUCUUGGUGUAACAGUUGGGAUAAUGGGACAAUUCGGAGUACAACGCAUUUCUCAUCCCUGCAUUGAGGUACGUUUUCCGAGCCAUAUCUUGUGCCGGCUCCACGGUGUCUUAAUAUACAAAGGCAUGCUUAAUUUAAAGUGGAAUGCUGUCCGACCCUAGUGCAGCUGUAAACAAGCGGGUCGGAUCUGUCGGCUAACCUCUGUGUAAUUACUAUUUACUAUAUCAUAUCUGUAAGAAUUACCUGUAUAAUAUCAAGACGAUGAGUACACAAGUUAAUACAAAAAAUAA